AUGCUGCGUCUCUCAAUCUUCCUGCUGCCCGCGAUCGCGAGGUUGGCUACCGCAGAAUGUUUCUUCCCCAACGGGACCAACAUCGACUCGACCCAUCUGGAAUGCCCCAGCACUGGCAAACAAGGCGGAAGAUCGUGCUGCGCAGACACGUUUGCAUGCCUGAGCAAUGGACUCUGCGCCGACCAGCGAUACCCCGGCUUCAAACGAUUGCUAAGAGGAGGAUGCACGAGCGACACUUGGGGAGCUGGAUGUUCGAGUGUUUGCUACACCGCCUGGCCGGAUCGCGACGAGCAUGUGAUUUACUGCGGCAAUGGAAACUACUGUUGCGAUGGAGACGACUGUUGCACACGACAAGGCGCCGUCACAUUCGAUCUCGAAGAACCGAAAAUCGUGGCCACUCCGAUCAGAAGAGGGGGAUCAUCGACAGCAGCACCCCCAUCCAACACAUCACCUCCCACCGAUGCUGCUUCUCCCUCAGCUAGUAUCAAGACUGAUGCUGUUUGGAAAAAUCACACCCAGACAACGGCGAUUGGUGUGGGAGUCGGAGUUGGCGUUGGUGUCGCUCUGAUCCUUGCUGUUGGCAUAUUCAUCUACAUGCGUAGGAGGAAGAACAGCAAAGUGACAGAAGAAGGGGUAACGAACAGGUCACUCGGAAGGGGUUCGAUCAAUCCUUUUGCUGCAUUCGUGAAUGCAAGUAAGAGGAAGAGCACCAGGGGCGCAGUCGAAUUGAGUGCAGAAAAGACAUACGAGCUACCCGUUCAUGGAGACCCAAAGGAGAUCGGUGAAGAUGGCCAGAGAAACAACAAUGGUUGGGACAGGAACGUACAGACCUGGCCACGAUAA